GUAUCUAAGGACGCUGACCUCUGACCUGGGUUUCUAUAUCCGGUGCCCUUUGACCUCUUCCCUCACUACGGAAGUCGGGUGGGGGCGUGUGCUCAGGAUCUCCUUAGUUAGUGCGGUUCCUGCUCCUGGCCUGGCGUGUGCAGGUGUGAUCUCCAACAUCAUGGAAGCAGGGAAAAGCUCUCCAAAGUCCCCAGUCAGGAGAAAGCGGAAGCGAUCUCAGCGGCUCCUCAGCCGUGCGGCUGUUCCCCUCGAGUUCUACCGCUGCGACAUCUGCAAGAAGGACAUCAAGCACCUCUCCAACUUCCAGGAGCACCAGCGCAUCCACACAGGCGAGCGGCCCUACCACUGUGAGACCUGCCAGAAGAAGUUUAUCCGCUGCGCUGACCUCAUUAAGCACCGCCUGGUCCACUCGGACAAUCGGCCCCACUGCUGCGAUGCCUGUGGCAAGCACUUCAAGCUGGCUGGGGACCUGGCCAAGCACAGCAAGGUCCAUUCGGACGAGGCGCCCUUCCAGUGCGAUGUGUGCGCCAAGCGCUUCAAGCGCACGUCCUGCCUCAUCAAGCAUCUCCGCAUCCACACCGAGGAGAAGCCUUUCAAGUGCUCCCAGUGCAGUAAGAGGUUCAAAUGGGAAGCCUCAGUCAAGGAGCAUCAGCGCAUCCACACAGGCGAGAGGCCUUUCAAAUGCGAGCACUGCCCCAAGAGCUUCACCCACUUCUCCACCUUCCUGCAGCACAAGAGAACUCACCAGAACCAGAAGCAGUUCAGCUGCAAAUGCUGCUCCAAGUCCUUUAACCACAAGUCCAACCUACUGAAGCACCAGCGCACGGUACAUGGCUAGGAGUGUGCACAUUCCCGGGUCCUCCUUCCAUGCAGCUGUGAUCAGUCUAACUUGCUUAGGCUGCCCCAGUCGUGGAGUCUGCCCAUACUCUGUGCGAGGCUGGGAAUGUGCUGAAACCCAGCACAGAAGCUGGGCCUUACGGAAGGGAGGCAGAACCUUGAGUACGUGUGAUAAGGAGCCUGGGGUUUGGAGUAGCUCCAGUGCCAUGCUGGUUAUAAUGGUUCCCGAUGACUGGGAAGCUGCAGGCAGUGGCUGUGCACAGAUGAUAUUGGUGCAGUGGUACUCUGGCUUACAGUCUGACCAAAGGUUCCCUUGUGAUCCCGCUUCUUAAACGCCCUUCAGGAUGGUGACACUUGCCAAUUUAAUCCAGGACAGAGAUCUUCCAUAUUCCAAGCUCGGAUCUGAGCAGAGCGCUGCUAAGCGAUGCUGCCAUCUGUCCCACAGAUGCAGCUGGUCUUUCAUACACUACGCUACAAACUGCAGCAGGCGUCUUUGCUUCUGCUGCCUCUGUUUAUCCCCCCUACCCCCUCAUCUUGGUUUCAGUGAUGUAGGAAUGUGUCUAGUGCAUCUGAGGUUUGGGUGAAGGG